GGAAAAUGCGAACCAGUUAAAAAGUCAAAUUGAGAAAAAUUUACUGACUUGAAACUUGGAAAUAAGGAAAUGAUGAAUACUACUGAUAUGAGAGGAGCGUUUGCUUUCUAUGGAAGUAUUCUAGCCCUUAAAACUCUGGUUCUUACAGGAGUUACAUGUUUCAAGCGCUUCCAGAAGAAAUCUUUGUCCAAAGACCAACCGCACCCUGAGGUACAAGCAAUACAAAGAUGUCACUUAAAUGAUCUAGAGAAUUUGGUACCAUUUCUAUUUCUUGGUCUACUGUACUGCAGUACAAACGCACCAACAACAGUUGGAUUAUGGCAUUUUCGACUUUUCGCACUAGCUCGAAUUCUACACACACCAGCUUAUUUAUUUACAGAAGGAAUAUUACCUAGAGGACCUAUAUUUCUUGUUGGAUAUCUUGUUAAUGUUUCAUUAGCACUAAAAUGUAUUACUUAUUUUGCUGGAAUAUGGUAAACUGUAGUGAUUAGUUGAUUCAUCUCAGGGAAAUAAAGUAUUUCGUUGCAUUUUUUAAAUAGUUUCCUUUUUUUAACAAUAAGUUAUUAAUUUAUUGGUUUUGUUUUUUAAUUUUAAAUUUUAUUUUGCAUUCCUAAUUAAUUAUUUCAUUUCACUGUAUGAUAUAUACAUAUUAUAAUCAUUAUUACUUGAUAUUAUUCUACUUGAAAUACUGUUGAUUCUUCUAAGUAAUACAUUAAUUUUCAUUAAAAUUGUUAACGUUUUGCACUUUAUUUUAUGAAACAUGUGCAGCGAC